AUGAAGUUCAAUACUGUCGCCCUCACCCUGGCUACCGCCGGCAUGGUGUCUGCUCAGCACCACCACCAGCACCGCCAUCACCACAAGCGCUCCCCCGACACCGAGGUCGUCACGGUGCCCGGCCCUACCGUCACCACCUUCGUUCUCGACGGCAAGGUCAUUACCUUCGAGGAGGCCUGCGAUGGUGUCGCCAAGGGUACUUUGAAGUUCUCUGGCAACGUGCCUGCGAAUGUUUGCCAGUCCUCCUCUUCGACUGUGUCUUCGAGCACCACCAGCCCGACUCCCACGGCUUCCGUCCAGGCUGCUGCUGAGUUCAUCGAGGUCGCCGUCAACAAGCACUCGAGCAGCUCCAGCUCCAGCUCCAGCAGCACCAAGACCAGCAGCUCGUACGCCGCUGCCUCCUCCAGCUCCUCCGCCAGCAGCUCUAGCAGCAGCUCUUCCUCUGCCACCGGCGUGGACAAGGAGUUCCCCGAUGGCGAGCUUGACUGCGACACCUUCCCCUCUGAAUACGGUGCCGUUGCCCUCGACUACCUUGGCCUUGGUGGUUGGUCCGGUAUCCAGUACGUGACCAUCGUCGACGAGAUUGUCGACACCAUCGUUACCGGUGUUACCGGCGACUCCUGCAUUUCCGGAGCCAUGUGCUCCUAUGCCUGCCCCGCCGGAUACCAGAAGUCCCAGUGGCCCAGCACCCAGGGUUCUACCGGCCAGUCCGUUGGUGGUAUUGAGUGCAAGAACGGCAAGCUCCACCUUACCAACAAGUCUCUGUCCAAGAAGCUUUGCAUUGAGGGUGUUGGAGGUGUCCACGUCCAGAACACCAUGAGCGAGGAGGUCGCUGUUUGCCGUACCGACUACCCUGGUACCGAAUCCGAGACCAUCCCUCUCGCUGUCGCUGCCAACAGCGAACUUCACCCCCUGACUUGCCCCAACGGCGCCACCUACUACAAGUGGGAGAACCAGACCACUUCCGCUCAGUACUAUGUUAACCCCAAGGGUGUUUCCACCGAGACUGGUUGCCAGUGGGGUAACGGCAGCGCUCCUAUCGGUAACUGGGCCCCUAUCAACCUUGGUGUCGGUUACAACGAUGGCAAGUGGCUUUCUCUGUUCCAGAACAGCCCUACCACCACCACCAAGCUCGACUUCAACGUGAAGAUCGAGGGUGACAACCUCAGCGGUUCUUGCAAGUACGAGGACGGUACCUUCUACUCCGAGUCUGGCUCCAACGACUCCGGUUGCACUGUUGAGGUUCUCUCCGGUUCCGCCACCUAUGUCUUCUACUAA